CUCUUCUACUUGCCCUCUUCUCCCGCGAGUUCUUCUCUGAUCUAUCUCGAGCUUGAACUAGGGUUUUCGAGCAGCGAAGAUGGGUGGAUGGAGGAUCUCUCCGCUGCUCGUGCUUGCUCUGAUCGCUUUCCUCUCGCUUCAAAUCGGGGCUUCGGAUCCGUUGUUCUACGAAUCUUUCGAUGAAACGUUCGAGGGGCGGUGGAUCGUGUCUGACAGGAGCGAUUACAAUGGUAUUUGGAAGCACUCAAAGAGUGAGGGGCAUGAGGAUUAUGGGCUUCUUGUGAGUGAGAAAGCUCGGAAAUAUGCGAUAGUUAAAGAACUUGAUGAACACAUUAAUCUUAAGGAUGGAACUAUUAUUCUUCAGUUUGAAACACGGCAUCAGAAUGGCCUUGAAUGUGGAGGGGCAUAUCUAAAAUAUCUCCGCCCUCAAGGGGCUGGAUGGGCUCCUAAGGAGUUCAGCAAUGAGUCACCAUACUCAAUCAUGUUUGGUCCCGAUAAGUGUGGGUCCACAAACAAGGUGCAUUUUAUCCUGAAACACAAGAAUCCAAAGACUGGAGAGUUUGUUGAGCAUCAUCUCAAGUAUCCCCCGUCUGUCCCGUCUGACAAACUUUCUCAUGUCUACACAGCCAUUCUAAAACCUGAUAAUGAAUUGCUAAUUUUGAUUGAUGGGGAGCAAAAGAAGAAAGCAAACUUCUUAUCUGCUGAUGAUUUUGAACCUGCACUUAUACCACCUAAGAUAAUUCCUGAUCCAGAUGAUAAGAAACCUGAGGAUUGGGAUGAGAGAGCCAAGAUUCCAGACCAUGAUGCCGUAAAGCCUGAUGACUGGGAUGAGGAUGCCCCUAUGGAAAUUGAAGAUGAAGAUGCUGUUAAACCUGAGGGAUGGUUGGAUGAUGAACCUGAGGAAAUUGAUGAUCCUGAUGCCGCCAAGCCAGAAGAUUGGGAUGAUGAAGAAGAUGGAGAAUGGGAGGCACCAAAGAUUGAUAACCCAAAGUGUGAUGCUGCACCUGGUUGUGGUGAGUGGAAGAGGCCAACCAAGAGAAAUCCAGCAUACAAGGGGAAAUGGCAUGCCCCCAUGAUUGACAACCCCAACUAUAAGGGUAUCUGGAAACCCCAGCAGAUUUCUAACCCUGACUAUUUUGAACUUGACAAACCUGAGUUUGAGCCUGUUGCUGCUAUUGGCAUUGAGAUUUGGACGAUGCAGGAUGGCAUUUUGUUUGACAACAUUUUGGUAGCUAGUGAUGAGAAGGUUGCUGAGUCGUAUAGGGAUAAAACAUGGAAACUGAAAUACAACUCGGAGAAAGAAAAGCAGAAAGCUGAAGAUGCAGCUGCUGGUCUGGGUGAUGGACUAUCAAGCUUCCAGAAGAGUGUGUUUGGUGUUCUUUACAAAGUUGCUGACAUUCCUUUCCUGGCAGCAUACAAGAUGAAGAUCAUGGAUGCCAUAGAGAAAGGAGAAAAACAACCAAACCUGACAAUUGGAGUUCUGGUGUCCAUAGUGAUUGUAUUCUUAACUAUCAUCUUCAAAAUCCUCUUUGGGGGAAAGAAACCGGUGGUGCCAACAAACCCCGUCCCUGAAAGCAAGACUUCUGAAGCUGCAGAAACUGAUCUUCCAGAAAGCAGUUCAGCACAAGAAGAAAAUGAGAAAGAGGAUGCUCCUGUUUCCCGUCCGAGGAGGUCCAGGAGGGAGACAUAGGUAAAAUACAAUAUGGAAUUUUGAGUCUGCCAUCAGGUUACAGUCAACUAUUAAUCUCUAGGAUUUUGUGUGUAAAAAUUACAUUUAGCUUUGUUUUACCCAUCUGCAGAAACAUUCUCCUGAACAGAAAAAAAAAAAAAUUGUUUGUAAUUUCAUAUUUCAUUGGAAUCUAAUCCUAGAAUGUGAAGUA